ACCGCAUCGCUUCCAGUGUUCAUUCAUUCUCCAUUCCAAUCAAUAUUUUUAGUGUGUGACAUUACUUGCCACUUAUGAGCCGGUUUCCGCGUAGGAUUUGGUACGUGAAUAGCCAUGUAUGUUCGAUAAUGAUUAUGAAUUUUGGUUCUCUGAAUGAAGUUAUGGUUUAGCUUGUUUACUGGCUUGCGAUGGAGUCACUAGCAGAGAAAUGGUCAUUAUGGCAGGCAUGGACGAACAUGAGAGGAAGAUAGUGAUUGAAUUCUGUCAUUUGUUGGAGAAAUCGAAACAGCUAUUCAAUGGCCUUAGGGAUUUGCCUCAGUAUGGACAUAAACAGUGGCAAGCAUAUUUUGGAAGAACAUUUGAUAUAUAUACAAAGCUUUGGAAAUUUCAACAGCAACAUAGCCUACGUACAAGUGAAACAAAUUACUUGAAUGAAGCAUACUCAUUCUAUGCUGCUAUUAGGGGGAGGGCAUACUAUUCCAGAGCAGCAAAGGAAGAUAGAUCGGACCUCAUGGUGAAAAAACUUAGAUAUUAUGCAAGAUUUAUUGUAGUUUGUUUACUUCUGAAGAAAAUGAAACUGGUGCGAGACUUAGUUAUGACUUAGUCCCCUAACAACACCACCUGUUGAGAAAUCACCGAUCAUGAACUUGACCCUCCAAGAAAUUCUUAUUGUUGGCAAUUGUAAUGAUCAGGUGAAGUUUAGUGAACUGACAAUGGAUAUGUUCAGAAUGCUGCAAACACUAGAGAGAGAGCCUCAGGAAGAUUUCAAUCACAUUUAUGAUGCUUCUCCUGCUCCAGGAAGAAUGCCUUUAGAGAAGGGUUACUCCUUGGCAGGUGGCAAAAGCUCAUAUCCUUUAGUAUCUGCAUGUCAGGAAAAUGGAGACCGGCCUUUGAAACGUGAAAACCCUCAUAAGUACCUGUUGUAUAAACCAACUUUCAGUCAGGUGAUGGUGUUCUUAGCUUCAGGUUUUAAAGAACUUCCUGCAAAUGGCGCAUUGCUUCUGUACAUUUCUGCAGAUGGCUGUUUUUCUUCCAUGAAACACCCUGAAGAUAUUGUUAUUGAAGACCGAGAAUGGAGCCCUUCCUUGGUAUUGAUGCUUAAAAUAGUGUUUGCAGAGUGGAUCACAUAAGCAUUAUUUUGCUGAAUCAUCACUGGCAAUGGGUUAUGAUUUGGGAGGAGUUUUAACAAGUAGUAAGAAGGAAUUAGAUCACACAAACAAGAAAGGAAUCCAAUUGAAAGAAAUGCACUGUUUAUAUCCUGGUGACCUGUACCCAUUCACUCGGAAGCCGUUUUUUGUGAUUGUGGAUUCUGACAACAGUUUUGUGUUCCAACACAUUCCACGUUAUUUUGGUCAGCCACUUGUUGUACUUAUGUCACCCCAGGAUGUUCCACCUGCCUUCCAAGAUCACCAGCACAACGGCAGUCUUUUUACCCUCUUCCUACAUAGCCCCCUGACAGCUUUCUGCUUUAUUUGUAAUAUCUUAAAUAUUCCUAUUCACCACUGGGAAAGAUGUCAGUCAUAUAUAGAUCGUUUUGUCACGGAAGCAAGUAGAUUAUUUACAAGGUGUCGAAUAGACUCAGCAUAUCUCCAGUUCUUUGGAGAUGACUUUUUAAGAUUAUUGCUUUUGAGAUACGUGUUCUGUGAUGUUGUUCUUCAUCUACACAGAUCUUUUAAGGGCCGACAAUUUAGACCAAGGUGCCAGCCACCAUUGCCUGAUGGAGAUUUAUUGGAACAUCCUGCUCUGCAACAUUUAGUUCUGGAUUUGGCUUCACAUUUGGAAGUCCGUGGACAUUUUAUGGAAACAAAUGAAAUGGACUGAUUGCUAGCUGGUAGCAGUUCACCUACUGCUUUAGCUCCUAGGAACUCAGAGCCUCCUGGAUUAAGCAGCAAUGUUCUGAAACAACAGUGUAUACUAAAAUCGCAGGUGAAAUUCGUACUUUGGACCAGUAUGUAUUACUCAACAAGCUUUGCGAACAGUGAUGGUCCAAGUAAGACAACAAUGCGUGAAGAAAUGUUUGUCCCUGUACAACAUGUAGAAAAAUAUAGUAUUGGAGUUUUACCUACAUCUGUUUGCAGCAGUUUAUUUGCAUGGAUAAUUGUUGUGUUGCAAGUGCUUGGUGGAGGCUUCAUUAAAUCGACAAUACAGAGAGAAGAUGUGCAACAGUUUCUAGUCAGUUAACAUUUAAACCUGUUAUAAUGGAAAGUGUGGUGAAGCUGUUACGUAUACAUUAUGUAUACAUUAUAUCUCACUUCACAGCAUGAACUUGAGUCAUCAUCAAGAUUAACGUGUUACAAAUUGUUAUAUUUCAACUGUACUACUGGUUCAUUACUUUCUUUUUCGUAACAAGGGAGCUUUGUCCGGGUAAUUUAUGAUGAAUUACCUGUAUUUUCUCAGAUAAAUCCUUUUUAUAGCUUUAAGAGAAUGUAAUUAUGAUUAAUCUUGAUGGAGAAUUGAAAAUCAGUGCUACAAUAGUUCUCAUGUUGCAGAGCAUUUUGUACAGCAUAGAGAAGGCUUCUGACAAGGCCUGCAUUGUUACGUAGGAAUAUUGCUAGAUGGUUUGCUUUAGAAAAUUGCAGCUUGGCGACUAGUCAUAUUGUUAGCGAUGCCAACCAACCACUGCCAUCCAAGACAAGUUGGAAUCGCUUACAGGCUGUGAGGCAAUGAGGGCCCAUGACUUAAAUUGUAUUGCAUUGAAUCUCUUAUGAUAAGCUGGGUAAUGAUUACAGUAAUCUGAUUGUUUGUAAUCAGUAGUUUCCUAUGUUGAUAUGAGAAAAACUUAAGUCUGCUGAAAGGAAUACAAUACUGUAUUCUUGAUUAUUUGGGAACAACUUUGUGACCCUGUGUGAUUUUUGUGAUACUCAUCUUCCAUAUUGGACUGUCUAAUUUCUACGGUCGGCCCAAUGUGUGCAUUCACUAAUGUGCAGUGCAUGGAUGGGAUGUUUCUUCUUAAUAUUUCAGUCCACCUCAUCUCUGUUAUUUCACUUCAGGGAAUACAACUGAAAUAACCACCACUUUACAUGUAAAUAACUGUAGUAAACAAUAAUUACCUUUUCUGUAUAUAAGAUAAUAUCAAGUACAGUAUUUAGUCUCCCUGAUUCGUAAUGUAUGAAUCUCGCUUCAUGAAAUAUAUUUAAUGAAAUGUUAAAGUGAAUAAUGAAAGUUAACACAAUCAUAUCAAUCUAAAAUACAUAUGUAAUACAGCAUAUGGAUCAUGUUCAUCAAUCACCUUAGCUUUAUUUAUUACUUUAUUUUUUAUUUAUAUGAUUAGAAGUUUUAUUUAUAGGUAUAUAUUUUUAUUUGAUUUUAAUAAUUUUAUUAAAACUACAGGAUAGACCAUGAGUAUUAUUUUAUUUGCAGUGUUGUUACAGCACUAAAGCUUGUGAUUUUUUUCUGGUCAGACAGAAACUAGUCUAGUCAAGGUGUACAAGAUGACAAAGUGUAUGUUUCUACUUUUUGUCAUGGAUGGGAGAUAUGAAGGCAGUCUCUGUUUCUGUGUUGAAUAUGCUGUUCUCUAUUAUUUCAUUGAAGUGUCUGGUCAGUUUUUGAAGUAUUUUAAUAUAUGUAUCUCAUUUCUUUCCUGGAAUGCUUAAACAUACAAACGUUCCUGAUGUUCAUAAUUAAACAGUUUACUGUAUGCAAUAUGAAACUGGGAUGGCUAACAUCUUUACUCAUUCAUGUAAUUUUGGGCUUCAGUUUACUUUGGUCAGUUAUUAGAUUUGCAACAUAGCUAUUAUGUAUAAGGAAACUUUAUUUCCAUCACAAAAUUGGGAGUAAUAAUGUGUUCAGAUAUUCAAUCAAAUAAUGGAAUCAAUAUUACUAGAUUAGUGCAAUUAAAUAAAGCAAUGAAACAUAAAGCAAUGGGCAUAAAAAUUACGAAAAUUUAUCGCCCACAAAUACUUCUUUAGAUAGGUACUUCUUGUAAAGAUUUUCCAUGUGUUGAGUAGAUUUUAUAAAAGUCAGUUGUAUUAAAAUUAAGCUAAUUUUCUGAAGUGAAUGGAUUUGAAUCCAUAUUUGUUCUAGUUUAAUAGAUAAGGAAAACCUGUUUUUUCAGUGACUGCAUCUUAGCUAUCAUUAUGUGUAUUUGCUUUUCCAGUAUUGACACAGUGUUGUGUUAAGUGAGACUGUCAAUGAAAUUUGAGUAAGUGUUGCACACUCAUUGAGUGUAGGUGGAAUGUCCUUUUUUAUUUGACAGAGUGGUAUAGGUACUCCAGAAGUAUCUAAUGUUAGUCAUGCGCGGUUGACUUUUUGAUUACUACACUGGGAGAUUUUAGGUCAGGAUUGACUCUCCCAUUGAAAUCAGUAGUCUCAAAGGCAUUGACCUGACAAUAUCAGCUUCCUCAGACCAUGAGGCAUUGAUAGCAAAGCACUGCAUGGUAGUGAUAUAAGGAAAGAGGAUAUUGUAAUUAAAUAGUAUCAGUUUGUGAGAAUAAAGAAAGAUAAGCCUUGAGGUUGUUCAGCUGCUUUAAUGUGGCUGAAAUAUUGUUAAAACUAUGCAUUCUGCAUUCCAUUUUGUAUUUAAUAAUGUGGGAGUUUGUGUGUUGAAAGGAGUUUUAAAAAGACAUUAUUUAAUCAUUCUGUGAGAAUGUUUUUACUUUCUCAAUAUAUGCAAUAUAAAAAAACGCAAUUGUGCAAAAAAUUAAUUUCAAGAUUUUUUAAAUUGUGCCUGUUGGAUGUCUAUUGGGGAGUGUAAUGGAAAUACUUGGCUUUUUAUAAUAAAAAUUAAUUAUUAAAACCUGCCAGCAAAUAAAGUAUUUUAUUCAGUGAUGUAGUUUCUUAAAAGAGAUGGCACUAUUGUUUGUUGUAUUGAUGAAGAUUGUGCUCGCAUGUAUCUCUAAGUUGGCAAUUAUCCAUAAACAGGGGUAACCUGUGCAAUAAUCUGCUGUGAAGCAUUAAUGUGUUGAGCAUUGCUUGCUCUGCCCAAGACUGCCGUGUUGCCAGAAUUCUGGUUCUUACGUCCUGAGUAAAGAGAAGGAUAACCACAUAUUUCUCAUGGUUGAUAGUUCAUUUCAAAGUUUGUUUUUUUAUCAAUUACAUUCCAAGUUAAAUGUGUAUAAAAUACUUCAUUUUCACUAUCAUUAGGAUUAUCACCAUGACACAUUCAGUAUUACCUACUAGUCCCAUGCUCAUUUAUGCGCAAUUUUGUAUCUUCAUUUAUACUAUAUAGAUGGUUAUAUUCACUUACUCUCCGGUUUGUGCUUACAAAAUAUUUGACGGUUUAACAAUAAUAGUACACUGAAAUUAGUAACAUAGAAAAAUAACAGGAAUUUCCAACAAUCUCUGUGUUUGUUUCCUUAUUCCCAUCAACUAUGCCACAUAUACAUUUCAUUUUGGUUUAGUUUAUAGGGAAAUUUUAUUGUGUUUUCUUAUUUCACAAUAAUAAGAAUAAGAGUAAUACUGUUCAUAUCAAGUUCUUUAACAUGUCUAUUGUGAUCUUUAUGUAUUUUGUCUUGUAGUAGCCUCAUGCUAUGUUUCAGGUUGAGAGCUGUUGAGUUGUAACAGUGUUUCCUUACAAUUGUAAAACAAAGUGUACAAAAGUUAACUAUUGUGCAAAAAAUGGAAUAGCUUAAAAGAUUACACAAGUUCUGACGAAGUAAAUGAGAUAUUACAUUAAUAUCACAACUAUAAUAAAAUAAUAUUGUAGAAGACUCUAAAA